CCUAACCGACGCCGAACUCUGCGCUUGAUCGUCCUCGGAAAUGCGGGGUUCGGAGUGAGAUCGUUCCGAACUCGAACGGACCUUCGCUCGUGCUCGUCGUCUGCGGACGUCCGCGCGGUUCCGGGAGAUGAAGGCUCGCCUGUCCGGGUCGCCGGACGCGGUUCUGGACGGAGACGCGGAUCCAGUGUGGUGAGGAGGAUGAGGAAGAUGAGGAGGAUGAGGAAGAUGCUGAUGCUGCUGACGUUCGCCGCGCUUUGGGACAACACCUGCGCCAUGGACUCAGGUGGCGCCGCACCUGGACAAGAGUGGCUCUGGUCUCUGGUGUCCGCCGGCGCCCUGAUCGGCCUGGUGGUCUUCACGCUCACCUGCUUGUGCUGCAAGAAGACCGGGACCAGGACCGGGACCAGGACCAGGACCAGGACCGGCUUCACGGAGUUCCACAACGUCCAAGAUGGCGAGGACUUCCACGCUCACAUGGCGCCGGACGGCCCGGAUGUUUACAUCCUGCCUCUCACCCAGGUGUCCCUGCCGGUCGCUAGGCAACCCGCCCCGCCGGUCCAACUCCAGAACUCUUCCAACCUGAGCCGCCACAACCUCGUCUACCUGAAGGAGAUCGGAAAUGGCUGGUUCGGGAAGGUUCUUCUGGGGGAGCUCAAUCAGAACCUGCGAAGCAGUCAGGUGGUGGUCAAGGAGCUGAAGGCCAGUGCCAGCGUCAAGGAACAGAUGUACUUCCUAGAAGAAAUACAAGCUUACCGGGUUCUGCAGCACUCGUCUCUGCUGCAGUGCCUGGCCCAGUGCACUGAGGUCACGCCCUACCUGCUGCUCAUGGAGUUCUGUCCACUGGGUGACGUGAAGGGUUAUCUGCGGAGCAGCAGGUCUGCAGAGAGCGCCGCCCCCGAGCCGUUACUUCUCCAGCGAAUGGCGUGUGACAUCGCAUCAGGACUUCUGCACCUGCACAAGCACAACUUCACUCACAGAGACCUGGCUUUGCGGAACUGCUUGCUUACAGCCGAUGCUACGGUGAAGAUUGGCGACUAUGGCUUGUCCCACACCAAGUACCGGGAUGACUACUUUGUGACAUCUAAUCAGACUUUUGUGCCCCUGCGAUGGAUCGCACCUGAGCUGGUGGACGAGGUGCACGGAAAUCUGCUGGUGGCCGAGCAGACCCAACAGAGUAACAUCUGGUCUCUGGGAGUGACCAUCUGGGAAUUGUUGGAGCUGGGAAACCAGCCUUACAGCCAUUAUUCUGACCAACAAGUUCUGGCCUACGCCUUGAGGGAGCAGCAGCUGCGACUAUCCAAACCGAUGCUCAAAGUUCCUUUGGCUGAACGCUGGUACGAGGUGAUGCAGUUUUGCUGGCUCCCGCCUGAUCAGAGACCCAUUGCUGAGGAAGUCCAUUUGCUGCUGAGCUACUUGUGUGCCAAAGGUGCCAGCGAGGCCAAAGAUGACUUUGAGAGGCGUUGGAACUCCAUGCGACCCAGUGCCGGACACAACAUUCGCAGCGGUUCCCCGAUGAUGACGCGGGAGCAGCCUUUGUCCACCUCCUCCUCUUUUCCUCUGCUUGAACGAUUCUCAGGCACUGACGGAUACCACUCAGAGUCUGGGGAUGACAUUUUAACAAUCACUGAGACCAGCAAUGGCCUGAACUUUGAAUACAGGUGGGAGCAGGCCCGGGAAGAGCAGUCAUACGGAGGCCAGAACUCCUCCAGUGCCCUCAGUCAAGUCAGUCAUCAUGAAGCGUUUUAUCCACCGGUGGGGAUUGUGGGAGGCUGCCUCAAUCAUGAAGCUUCUCCUCCUUGCUAUCAACCUAAACUUCUGCACGCUCCUGGUGUACUUCCUGUCUUUAGCGGCCACAGCCCAUCAGUAAACAGUGAAUACUACAUCCGCAUCGAAGAGCCCGUAGACUGUAACAUGGAGCCUGAGUAUACCAUGUGCUCCUACAGUCCAGACUGCCAGGGAAGCAGUGGGAGCUUCCUCACCGGCAGUGCAGACUCAGAUGAAAUGAUGGUCUGCCCAACUCAGGCGAAAAACCUAGACCCCUUCUGGUUAGCAGACAUGCAAAAAGCAGAUGUCUAUGACUCAAAUGAGUCCAGUCCUGCUAUCUCUCUGACAAUGGAACCCCUUUUAGGGCAGGUUGCAGACAGCAGCCCUCUACGACCGUGGGAGUCCAGUCACUACGUGUCCUACAAAGAUCGAGAUGGCGGUUACUACUAUGAGCACACGUCACCGGUGGACAUAGAACACUAUCUUAUGGGGGGUGAGAUGUCCACUGAACACCUUCAUGAAAGCUGGGGGUCAAGGAGUCUUCGCCAGGCAUUGGGCGAGUUGGAGACCCCAGUGGGAAUAACUCCGUCUUUCAGUAGUCCCCUUGAAGAGGCCUAUAGUGACUCUUACUUGGACACAACCCAAACCUCAAUCCUUGACAAGACAGUGACAGGAGGCUACUAUGACAUGAUGGGCUCCCUGAGGAAGACCAUGCCGAGCCACAGCAGGCACAACAGCCACUCGGUCAGCAUCAACGUGGAGACAGAAGGAGCGCUCUUCAUCGGACGCAGGGAGAGCCAUUCAGAAGAGGAAGAAGAAGAGGACAUAUUUAUAGAGAGGUACACUUGCAACACAUGGCCUUCUAAACAUUGCCAUCGAAACGUCGUGCACCCAAGACGAGCGAGCCAGAGCUGCAGACAAGACACCUUUGUGGACUUUCAAUACACAAUGCCGAGCACAGACAUCGAAGAUUCCUGGCCUGAGGAGCGCAACCUGGCCUUCCACAGUCUACCCAAGUCUGUCAACUACCUGGAACAGCACCCGGCUAAAGACAGCAGCUGUCUGAGUCGACACCGUGCGACCGCAACCUUGGAGGGCUGUGAGGCUUUUGUUUACUUGUGUCACCAGAGCGAAACCCAAGGAGCGCCAACAAGAGAUUGCUGCCACUCACACUUUGUCGACCCACUCACUGGCUUGCUAGUCAGAGGCAGCAACUACUGCUACGCUCCGAACGACUACAUCAGCGACAAAGUUAUCGACAUCUCGAGCAACGAAGAGAUGAUCAACCUUUCGCCGGCACCGGGGGGUCCAACUGUGUCCAAAGCUGCCUUGAUCAGGCCUGAAGGCGGUGGAGAGAUAUAUGUGGAUCUCCGAACACAUGUGGCCCCUUGCGAAGAGACCAAGAAAGCGCUACUGGUGACAAGAGACCAAGAUAUGAUUCAGACUUCUCCACCGCCAGCAGGCAACACGCACAUCAUGGUGGUCCUCACAGACCCGCCGUCAGAGAAGAGUCAAACGGGAGACAGCGGUCUAGAUCGAGGCUGCUCCAGCGUAAGCCUUACGGACAUCCUGGACUGCAGCGACAAUGAAGACGAUGAAAUGACUGAUGACAUCACUGAUAUCACUUCCGGGAUCUUCGCAGACGAUGCUUCUCCUGCCUUCAAGUCACUACAGAAGCAGGUGGGAACACCAGAUUCCAUGGAGGCUGUGGAGGUACCGUCUUCAGACGGUUUAUGCGAGGGUUCCAGCCCAGUCUCCCGCCCUUCCUGUUCCCCCAAAGCAAUGGACAGUGGCUAUGACACAGAAAAUAAUGAGAGUCCAGAGAUUGUCCCAAAGGAACCUCAUGAACCCAGAGACCAAGCUACAACACAGCUUGCGAGUAUGGAGGAGGACGAAGCACAGGAGAUUUCACCAGAAGAAGAAGCAUCCUUUGAUGACUCCCAGUCACGUGACCACACCUUGUUAGCACUGAGUCUGGAGACGCCACACAGCGACUCUGCCUACUUCUCAGACUAUGAGAAUGAACAUCAGUCCAAAAAUGAGGGGGAGCAAGUGCAUUAUAAAGAAGAAGAAAAAACAGAAGACACAGAGACGAAUCAUGGAAGCAGACAUAGAGAACAUUCUUGUCCAGCACAAAGUGGAACAUUCGAAAGCGCAGACCGUGAUUGUGACGACUUGCUGGAUUCUUCAGGUGGACUUGAGGAGUGGCCAUCGCAGGAGGAGAACUUGUCUCUUGGAGACUGGGCAGCAGAGGUUGUUGGAGCCAUGGAGGAGGCUCUUGAUGCCCUUAACGGACAGCCUGACGAGAAGGAGGAGGAGGAGGAGGAAGGAGAACAAUUCUGUCAACUUCCCGCAAAAACCCCAGGGAUGGAAGUCCUGCACAUCCUACCCAAAGAUGAGGUGGCUUUGCAACACGCGGCCAACACAAGAAGGUUAUCUUCAUCUUCUCCUCCGCCUCCAUCUCUUGUUGACGGGGAGGAGGCGGUCAAGGAGGACGACGACUCCGAUGACAGUGAUGAGAUGGAUGAGGAGUUGAAGACCUACAGUGUCCAAGAGGAGGAGAGCGAGGACGAGUCCUACGUGGUACCCGUGGUGGUGAGUGACGACAGCCACGCCCUCAAACUGCGAGGCCUCCUCAAGACGCAGACUCUGUUCAACCUCCAUGAGGAGCUGGAGCGCAAGAAAAGGACGGUGUCCUUCUUUGAUGAUGUCACCGUCUAUCUGUUUGAUCAGGAGAGUCCUACCAAAGAGCUGGCUGCUCACGGACUCCCUUCGGCCACAGAAGGUCUGGGAAAAGAUCCUGAGAGGGUCUCUGACGACUCAUCAGACGGGAACGUCUCCGAGGAGAGUGCAGGCUUGGAGUGGGAGGACGACUUUCCGCUGCUCCCGCUGCCGACGUCCUCGGCCCCGCUGGACUCGCCUCCCCACUCCAGCCCCGCCAAAGCUCCGGAGACGCAGCCGGCCGUGAAGUUCUCCCGCUUCACCGUGUCCCGCUUCUCCAUCACGCACGUCUCCGACUCGGACGUGGACUCUGCUGGAGGUGAGGGGGUGGGGCCAACGCAGAAGAGUGUAACCACAUCCACUGACUUUGUUCUGACAGGAAGCAGCGAGGACGGAGACAAGGAGUGAAGGACAGGUUCUUGCCCCAGGGACCAGACCUGGACAGUGGCCUAGACAUCCUUUUCAUGUGUAGAAAUAUUUACUGUGACUAGUUGCACUCUGCAGGGAUUCACUCGAUGAGGAGGAAGACCUGAAGGACUAAAAAGUGUACAGACGUGACCUCUUUUAGGACACAAGGAAGGAAGGAAGGAAGGACACGAGACCAAUAUGUUGAAUCAUUUGGUAGCGAGCUCCUGGCAUCAAGUACAAUCUAGUCCGUGCAUGUUCCCACCACGUCUUGCUCUCAACAACAUCCAUCAUGGAGGCCACCUUGGCUUUUCCCUCCCAAAUAAUCAGGUCACAUUUUGCUGCUUCGCUUUGUGCCGCUUCAGAAAAACGUCCACAGUGUCCCUAUUGUUUUGUCCCACCUUACUGUAAUCAUUAAGGUAUUAGGAACUGUUCACAAUGAAAGGACUAUAAAACGGCAAAUAAAUCUUAUAUUUAUGUUGAACAUCAAUCAUAAACUGACUCUUAAACCGUCAAAAGAAGCUCAACUGAUGCACAGGAACAUGGACAGACUGUUUAAAAACUGAUUCAAGACCUGUUUAAAACUGAUCCAAGACUUUUUUUUCCAUUUCAAACUGAAUCAAUGUUUACAUUCUAUACGAAAUUAAGACUGAUUUAAGACUUGUCUUUAGACUCAGAUGAAAGACUAAUUUGUGACUGGUUCAAGACUUAUUUAGUAGGGAUUCAAAACUAGUUUAAGACUUAAAUUUGUGACUUAUGUGAUUUAAAUUUUAAAUACUUAUUUAAUAAUUACAGUAUUUAAGACUUGUUAAGACUCAUUUAUGACUAAUUCAAGACUUCAUACUGAUUCUAGAUUCAAGACUUAUUUAGGAGUAGUUCAAUGUUUUUAUUAUUAUUAUUAUUCAGUUGAUUCAAUACUUAUUUAAGACUUGUUUAUGACUUGGAUUUAGGAGUUAUUUAUGAGAGAAAUGUGAAAUACUGAUUUAAGACUUACUGAUUCAAGACUUAUUUAAGAAAUAUUCAAGACUUGUUUGAGACACAGAUUUAAGGCCUAUUAAUGACUGAUUCAAGACUAAUUCAAGACAGCUUUAUUUAAGGCUUAUUCAAGACUUGAAAUGAAUACUUAUUCAAGACUUCCACGUAGGACUGUUCCAAGACUUGUUCAAGACUGAUUCAAGACUUUUUUUUACAUUUCAAACGGAAUCAAUACUUAUUUUAGACUUAGAUUCAAAUACUAAAUCAAGGCUGAUUCAAGACUUGUUUUUAGACUCAGUUGUAAGACUUGUUCAUGACUGUUUCAAGACUUAUUUAAUACUGACCAAAACUUUUUUAAGACUUAGAUUUGGGACUUACUUAUGACUGUUUGAAAUAUUAAAAACUUAUUCAAGACUUACAGUAUUUAGGACUUGUUUGAAACUCAGAUUUAAGACUCAUUUAUGAGUAAUUCAAGACUUGAUACUGAUUCUAGGUUUAAAACUUAUUUAAGAAUAAUUCAAUGUUUUUUUAACAAAUAUUUCAGACUGAUUCAAUACUUAUUUAAGAUUUAAAUCCAAUACUUAAUUAAGAUUCAAGAUGAAAGAUUAUUUAGUAUUUCAGUAUUUAGAACUGAUCUAUGACUGUUUAUUUAAGACUGAUUCAAGACUUGUUCAAGACUUGUUUAUGGCUUUGAUUUAGGAGUUAUUAAUGAUAGAAAUGUUAAAUACUGAUUAGGAACUUACUUAAGACCAAUUCAAGACUUAUUUAAGACUUGUAUAAGACAAAUUCAAGACUUGUUUAAGACUGAUUCACUACCUAAUUAAGACUGAUUCAAGACUUGAUUUCAGACUCAGAUUUAAGACUUAUUAAUGACUGAUUUGAAACUAAAUUAAGACUGAUUUAUGACUUUUUUUCAAGGCUUAUUCAAAACUUUUAAGUUAAUACUGAUUCAAGACUGAUUAAAUACCUAAUUAUGACUGAUUCAAGACUUGUUUUCAGACUCAGAUUUAAGACUUAUUAAUUAAUGAUUGGAGACUAAAUUAAGACUGAUUUAUGACGUAUUUGAGGCUUAUUCAAAACUUUUAAGUUAAUACUGAUUCAAGACUUCCAUGUAGGACCGUUCCAAGACUUGUUUAAGAGUAAUCAAAGACUUAUUUAAGAAUUAAAUUUAGGACUGAUUCAAGACUUGCUUGGGCCUUAAAUUCAAGACUGUUUCAUGGCUUGUUUAUGACCUAAAUUUAAAUGUAAGAAUUGUUUGGAACUUAAGUUUAAAAAUAUUUUCGGACAUUUUGAAGGAGGAUUCAAUACUUGUUGAAGACUUGUUCAAGACUUGCUAAAUGCCUAUUCAGGACAUUCUUAAGCCCUUUUGAACCUAUGUAGGACCUUUAAAGGUAUUCAAUUCAGGAACAACAUUGCCGCUGAAAAGCCAGGUUGCUUUUAGUUAGCGACGUUAGCAUCAACAAGUUCUGUGCUUUUUCUUUAACCAACGCCACUUUUAACGAGGCGUUGGUGCCUCGCGCUUAUUACGCUCUGCUCAACUACUUAGUCCAUGGCGGCAGGCUUGGUCAGGAAAGAACUGGAAAGAAGUGUCAUCACAACUGGACCGUCUGUCCAAACAAAUCAAUAAAGUCUCUUUUCCACAUCUGAAAAA